CUCCAGUGGAAAAAGUGCGGGGGGCUCAGUCAGUUGCGUUUCCAUCUUCCAGAUUUCCACCUCGUGGGCUCUCCCGUCCUCUCCCAGCGCUGACCUCUUUCUGCUCGGCUAGCCGUACGACACCACCGGAGGAAACAUGGAGGCUAUCAAGAAGAAAAUGCAGAUGCUGAAGCUGGACAAGGAGAACGCCAUAGACCGGGCGGAGCAGGCCGAGGGGGACAAGAAAGGGGCAGAGGACAAGUGCAAACAGCUGGAGGAGGAGCUGCUGGGCCUGCAGAAGAAGCUGAAAGGAGUGGAAGAUGAACUGGACAAAUACUCAGAGUCGCUGAAGGACGCCCAGGAGAAGCUCGAACAGGCUGAGAAAAAGGCAGCGGAUGCCGAAGCCGAGGUGGCAUCUCUGAACAGACGUAUCCAGCUGGUGGAAGAGGAGUUGGACCGCGCCCAGGAGAGACUGGCGACCGCUCUGCAGAAGUUGGAGGAAGCUGAGAAAGCAGCGGACGAGAGCGAAAGAGGAAUGAAGGUCAUAGAGAACAGGGCGAGCAAGGACGAGGAGAAAAUGGAGAUCCAGGAGAUGCAGCUAAAGGAGGCCAAGCAUAUCGCUGAAGAAGCCGACCGCAAAUACGAAGAGGUCGCGCGCAAACUGGUGAUUCUCGAAGGCGAUCUGGAGCGUUCAGAGGAGCGUGCCGAGGUGGCCGAGGCUAAAUCAGGCGACCUCGAGGAAGAAUUGAAAAACGUCGCCAACAACUUGAAGUCACUGGAGGCUCAGGCCGAAAAGUACUCACAGAAGGAGGACAAAUAUGAAGAAGAAAUUAAACUUCUUACUGACAAACUUAAAGAGGCCGAGACCCGAGCGGAAUUUGCCGAGCGAUCUGUGGCCAAGCUGGAGAAGACCAUUGACGAUCUGGAAGAAAAACUGGGCCAGGCCAAAGAGGCGAACAUGGACAUGCAUCAAGUGUUGGACCAAACCAUUCUGGAGCUCAACAAUUUAUAAAAGAUAUUUUCCCAGCCGCAAUUCCCAGUAUACACUUUGUACAACGGGAUUUCGCUUUACCAUCUAUGUGCACUCGAGGAUUGUCAAGAUGCAGAUGGAGUUAGUAAGCGGAGGGAUCAUGAAAAUGUUGAUGGUGUACUCCAAAAAAUGUAGCAUUCCCUCACUAUGAUAACUUUAUUUUGAGAAUCUUGGCCCGAUUAGCUAUCGCGCUCCAUUUCCCGGAUCGGGUCUGACAUUUUGUCGGCAACGACAAAACGUCUUGGGAGUGUGACAUAAUCCACGGCCGACGAUUUGGCAAAAUGAAAAGUCUCACAUGUUUGAUAUUUUAGAUAUCUUCCACGUAGCGUGACAUAGCGACGACAACAGCGCACCUUGACGUCGUCGACCAAUAGGAUUGCGUAAUUGCGAUACAAACAUUGAUUUCAAUAAAUAUAUCGUAACUCUC